AUGGCAUCUUCAGCGACAACGGCACUGCCCAAAAUCAUACCUUCUGGUCCGAAAAUCCCAUCAAUCAAUUCGCGUCCAUGCCCACCACAAUCCUUAACCAUAAAACAACGCAUACCACUCACUGGAAUCCGAAGAAGGGUCUUCCACAAAACUGCCAUCAGAGCUACUGGUUCCUCAUCUCCUGGACUCUACUCGGCCCAGCAAUUCGAACUCAACCCUCAAAACGUGAACCUUGUUCUAGAGGAGGUUCGGCCUUACUUGAUUUCUGAUGGUGGAAACGUCGAUGUUGUGUCUGUUGAAGAUGGUGUUAUCACUCUCAAACUCCAAGGAGCAUGUGGGAACUGUCCAAGUUCAGAAACCACCAUGAAAAUGGGAAUUGAAAGAGUUCUUAAAGAAAAAUUUGGAGAUGCUGUUAAAGAUAUUCGCCAAGUAUCUGACGAAGAACCGAAGGAGACAAAUGUUGAGGCAGUAAAUGAUCAUCUGGAUAUACUGAGACCAGCUAUUAAAAAUUUCGGAGGAAGUGUGGAAGUGCUAUCUGUUGAGAAUGGGGAAUGCCGUGUUCAGUACGCCGGACCUGAUUCUAUUGGCUCAGGAAUCAGAGCAGCGAUCAAGGAGAAGUUUCCAGACAUUGUGGAUGUUGUUUUUGUUGGCUAG